UGGACUUUUUUUUGGUUACCAUUUAUCUUCUCUUCUUUUCUUAUUCUCUGCAGUGCAGGUCGCAUCGGAUAGGCUUGAUGCCUCUACUUUCAACUUGACCUACUAACUAUUCGAUUCUUUGCACAUUCAUUUCGCCCGUUUUUGUACCGUCGGAUUCUCUUGAGACAAAGUUGUGACGAAAAUCACAUUUGUAUUUACCACAAUUAGAACGUUUGUCUGACCAUCGGGAAGAGAACCCGUUCUGGUCCAGAGUAUUCGUGGGCACUACUCAAAGAAACACCACAUUGCUGCUUGUGUUACACCAUUGGGCCAAAAGCCAGCACAUUCUAUUCUUGACAUUCCUUACAACCAAAUCGCUUAUCGAGCAGGACCGAUUUUACCUUCUGUCAGGCUUCUUACCAUUGCAUAGCCAACAGGCCGAAGAAAACAGCACUCUUCGAGCUACAUAGCUGGUUUUGGUCCCAUUCACCUUUUUUACUUGACUUCUUCAUUUACAUCACAAUCAUUAUCUUAAAUUUUUACAAUGUCGGACUCUACACAAACCAAGAUGUUGGUGGUGCCGCCUGCACUCAAUCUACGUCGAGCCAGCUCUUAUAACGCCCAGGAUCGAGGGCCAGUUUCCUCAACCUCGUCACGAUUCAACUUCAACCAUCUUUUCUUCUCACCACCUGCCUCGCCAGCUCUCCCAGCGCUUGUACCUCGACCCCCGAAAAGAAGAUCGAGUCAGAUCCUGGUCACUCGACCCAGUCGAGUCUUCCGUCGUCUUUUUCUCCUCGGCAUCCUAUUGUCGGUCUCCUAUCUCGCGGCCAUGGCUUUCCAGAACCCAAGUGUGAUUCCAGCUGCAGUAUGGCCUUACUUUGAACAAGAGGAAUUUGAGAUGGUUGGUCAGGAUGCCUUCCCAGACUUCCCUACGCCAAUCAUCGUCAACGACAACAAGGGCCGUUCCAAGUGGACUGUCUUCAUCCCACCCAACGGAGACUUUCCUCUGACUAUGGAGCAGUAUGCUGAAAUGGGAAGCCAGUGUCGAGAAGUUUCUUCGCGAGCAAGGGACAUGCACAACAAAGGUCCCAUCACCGAAACUGCCAUUAUCAACUACGAUGCUCAGGACGAAUACUAUGUCGACGUCUACGAGGCCGAAAGAUCAGGCCUUCUUACUCCCACAAAGGGGCUUCGUGCCAAAAACAAGGGCAAGUUUGUUGGCGUCGAUAAGAAACACCUGAAGCAUAAGCCUGUCUGUGAGAGCACCAUGACGUUUGUAUUGGAAUCCACAGAUGCCGGCCUUGGUAAUACUCUCAUGAUGUUGUGGACCUUUUACGGACUUGCUAAGCAGCUUAAUCGUGACUUCUUCAUCGUUGACAAACGGUGGGCUUACGGUUCAUGGGAUCAAAUCUUCGAUAUCCCCCCUGUACCAGAGUGCCGCCCGCCCCCAAGGCACCACAUGGUUCCUUGCCCCUUUCAAGCUCGCCAUUUGGUUGUCUCGGCUGCAACGGCAAAGGAAGUGUUUCCAGCCCUGCUGGCUCAGAAUCAUCGUGUCGCUGGAUCGGGUAAUGGCUUGCGGGAUCUCUUUGAACUGGCUCGCAUAGGGUUUGAAGACCUCUUCUUCCUGAACGAGGAGGAUCAAACCUACGUCGACAACCGUAUCACUGGUCUUCAGGCAAAGGCAAAGGCAAAAGCUGAGGACAGCCUUACGGUACAUGCGCCUAUUGUCGGACUACAUGUUCGCCAUGGCGACCAACACCCACUCGAGUUGCAGUACAGCGAAACUUACAUCCCAGCCGAUAUCUACCUCAAGCAGGCAAGUCAUUACGUCGAGGAGUACUAUAACGCAACUGGUGUCGAGGGUCCCAUUAAACGUCAUUCCCUCACUCUUCUGGCUUCAGACGACCCCACAGUCCAUGAAGAACCUGAGUUUGCGCACACAAUUCUUUCUCAGGAUCGAAUUCGUCUUGCUUCAAAGGGCGCCAUUGCUAGAGCUGGUGGUAACCAACAUCAUUCCAAAAACUUUGUUGAGAACACAUUUGGCUGGGAAGGUGGUUUCUUUGCUCCUCUCUUUUGGAAUCUUGGCGUCAACAGCCAGAACAAUGCCGCCGAAGCACCUGCCGGGGUCCACGUUGAAGAUGUGAAUGAGGAAGCUAGGCACAUGGCGCCGCCAUCAGAAGAGACACUGAGGCUUCGCGGUCUCGUUGGUCGAGCCUAUAUGAUGGACCUUUCUGUACUCGCCGAGUCGAGUGACAAGAUAGUAUGCACCGUGAGCUCGAUGGGGUGCCGGUUGCUGGCUGUGAUGAUGGGCUGGGAGGAUAGUAUGGAGAAUGGUGGUUGGCACAACGUGGACGGCACCUAUGGCUGGACAGGUAUCGACUGGUAA